AUGCUAGCUGAACUUGCAGAGGAUGCAGCUUUGCUCGGAAGCGGCGUGGAUGUGAAGCUUGAUACCCAAGUCAUCCCAAUAAGGGGUAGUUUCAAGUAUCUCUGGUCUAUAAUCCAAAGUAACGGGGAGAUUGAUGGUGAGGUUUCCCACUGUAUCGCUGAGUGGUGGAUGAAAUGUUGGCUCGCAUCCGGUGUUUUGUCUGAGAAGAAAGUGCCACCAAGACUUAAGGGUAAGUUCAACAGAGUGUUGGUUAGACCUACUAUGUUGUAUUGGGCUAAGUGUUGGCCAGUCAAGAACUCCCAUGUUCAGAGAAUGAAAGUAGCAGAAAUGAGGAUGCUGAGAUUGAUGUAUGGGCAUACCAUGAUAGAUAAGAUUAGGAACGAAGUUAUUCAGGACAAAGUGGAAGUGGCCCUCGUGGAGGACCAGAUGCGAGAGUUGAGGCUGAGAUGGUUCGGGCACAUGCAUAGGAGGAGUACGGAUGCUCCUGUUAGGAGGUGUGAGAGGUUGGCCAUGGCGGGGCUGAGAAGGGUUAGAGGAAGGCCGAAGAAGUAUUGA